UUUCGUCCUCAUCUGAGAGCAGAUCCAAAAAAGGAGUUGUCUUUGCAGCAGUGAACUUCCAGUACUUGCCCUGACAGAUUCAGAGCUGUGUGUUAGGUACGUGGGCUGCUUGUGAAGUUUAUGGGGAUAAGUAGGACUUCCGAAGAGGAGCAGCAAGCAGCCUGCAAACAGAGCACUUAAUGUACAGCUAGUCAUUGAGGAUACUCCAAAACCAGGAAUGGAUCACGCGUGUUUUAGCCGGCAGUGUUUUAAUGUAAAACAUAGGAACAGCUGGGAACUUGAGUGUUGGCCUGCUUCUGAAGUGAGUGUGCUGGUUGCUAGCUGCUUUGCUUCUGGACACAGGGAUCCUGGAUUACUCGCUACUGUCACGCAUCAUUUCAGGAUUCAAAGGAUCUUCCCCAUGUGUGUCCUGAGCCUGCUCUUUUAAAAUCACUUUGAAAACUUGUCGACUGCAACGUUCACCCUGGAUGCUAGCACUGAGAGGGUGCUGAAGAUGGUUGAUCAGUGUUGAUGACCUGACAAAGUGUGGGCCAGGCUUGACCAGCAAGCCAUUUUUCUUCAAGCAGCCCACCUUUUGCCUUAAAGAGGACAUAAGGGACGCUUUUACGUGAUAGAAUGGAUGAACAGUCACAAGGCAUUCAGGGGCCUACUGCUCCGCCAUUUCAGCCACAGAAAGCCUUGCGACCUGACAUGGGCUAUAAUACACUUGCCAACUUCCGAAUAGAGAAGAAGAUUGGCCGUGGGCAGUUCAGUGAAGUUUAUAGAGCAACCUGCCUGUUGGAUGGGGUACCAGUGGCUCUGAAGAAGGUCCAGAUAUUUGAUUUAAUGGAUGCCAAAGCCCGUGCUGACUGUAUCAAAGAAAUAGAUCUUCUUAAGCAACUGAAUCAUCCAAAUGUAAUUAAAUAUUAUGCCUCAUUCAUUGAAGACAAUGAACUGAACAUAGUGUUGGAAUUAGCUGAUGCUGGUGAUCUCUCUAGAAUGAUAAAGCAUUUUAAGAAACAGAAGAGGUUGAUUCCUGAAAGAACAGUUUGGAAGUACUUUGUUCAGCUUUGCAGUGCUUUGGAACAUAUGCAUUCUCGUCGUGUUAUGCAUCGAGAUAUAAAACCAGCUAAUGUGUUCAUUACAGCUACAGGGGUAGUAAAGCUUGGAGACCUUGGGCUUGGUCGAUUUUUCAGCUCCAAAACCACAGCUGCACAUUCUUUAGUUGGUACACCUUAUUAUAUGUCUCCAGAGAGAAUACAUGAAAAUGGUUACAACUUCAAAUCUGACAUCUGGUCUCUAGGCUGUUUGCUGUAUGAGAUGGCUGCACUGCAGAGUCCCUUUUAUGGUGAUAAAAUGAACUUGUACUCCCUAUGUAAGAAGAUAGAACAGUGUGACUACCCACCUCUCCCUUCAGAUCACUAUUCAGAGGAACUGCGACAAUUAGUUAAUAUGUGCAUCAACCCGGAUCCAGAGAAGCGACCAGACAUAACCUAUGUCUAUGAUGUAGCGAAACGUAUGCAUGCACACACUGCAAGCAGCUAAACAGACAUCAGAUCAUGAAGAAAAGAGCAGAAAUAACCAAGUAUUUUAAAUAAAUCAUCCCACCUCCUUGUGUGUUACAGAAAUAUAAUUAUUUGAAGCUUACUGUUGUGCUUUGAAUUGUAAACCAAUUUAUAUACAAGCUGUUAUUUUCUGUCUAUGUCUAUAUUUUGUAUUUUUUACUAACUUGCAGUUGUAAAACAGGUUUAAAUAUGUAAAGCAUAACUUUAAAAGAUACUGAGAACCACUGUUUUCGAUGUUAAGUGGGCUCAAGUAUAUUUUCUUUAAUAACAAAAACUCAGUUGGGCCUCAGUUCUAAAACACAGUUGCACUUUUGCACAUGAUACAGAUAUUAGGCUUAUUAUCCAGAAGCAAAAUGUCUGAAUCUUUCACCUUUUUAGUAAUUUAUGGAAAGUAUGAGUCAGCACGGUUAACUUUAUUUUACUCUUUCUUCUAAGAGGAACAUAAUUAUUAUAGAAAGUUAUUGUAUUUUAUAUUGAAUUGUAGUUUGCAGUUAAGAGUAGACAGGCAAUAGGAUUAGUUCUCCUGCUUGCCAAAUGUGAUGGGAAAUAGUUUCAUAAAAAAAAUCAUCAUGCUGAAGUUUUUGUAACAUCCCUUUUUUUAUUUUUCUGUCAUAAUGCACAUAAAACAUUUGGUGGAGGUUUUCUGGGAAAAUUUAAGGUGUUUAUUCUGCACUCUGAUAAUUUUCAAUAGACUUGUGCAGCACUGCCCUGGGGCAAUAGGAGUCUGCAUAGUUAAGUCUUUAAACCAUGCAGAUGCUUGUUGUAGCAAAUAGGGUUCCUUUGAGGCAGGCAUUUAUGAGAAAGUCUGAUUAAAAGAUGCAAUCUUUAAGUUACAACUUUCCAACUGUUGAUGUAUAUGUCACUGUUUGUAGAUUUCUGUGUUUAAAAGAAUUGAAUGACUUUCUGGUAAUGUUGAUUUUUUAUUUUUAUUUUUUUUUAAUACAGAAACCUUUUGGAAAAGAUAAAAUAAUGCAGUAUAAUACAAAAUGUGUUCUUCAUGAAUACCUGAUUUUGUAUACUGUAUCCUGAGAAUUAGUUUUAUAUUUAGCAAAAGUAAAUUUUAGCAUUUAUGUUUAAGAGUAACUUGCUAGUCCUUCAUUUGGUAAAUAAAUAUAUAUGCAAAAUGUUUUACAAAUGCUUUAUUAGUUGAAGAAAAGGAAAUUCAGAAUAAUUUUGUUAGACCUUAGUGCCUUUUUGGGUAUGCUUAAAUAAUUAUUGUUAAGGAAGGAAGGUGUCUCAUUUUUAAAUGUAAAAAUGGAGAAUGGACUGAAAUUUCUUGAGUUUCAAGACUGAACUUUUUAUACAGAACUGUCAAAACAUUACUAGUGGUAUUGCUAAGAAGCUGUUAUGGUCAGUUAAAUCUUUUUCUGUAUGUGGGUAAAAAGAAGUUAGCUCAAAUAAAAGCAGCGAUAUGUACAUACUCGUAGAGGUUCUAGAUGCAAUCAGUUCCCUGCACACUCAGAUUAUUUUUGUUUGUUUCUCUGUGUAGCUUUAAUUUUUGAUUUGAUGUAAUGCUCAGAGAAUAAAAAUCCAGCUGUGGGGUUUCUGGAUGAAAUGUUCAAGCUAGGUCAAGGGGUUUUUCUGGUUUUGUAUUUUUUAAAACUACAAAUACCGUGAAAACUGUUUUGCAAAAUACAGUUUUUAAAUAGUAUGUGCCAGAUCACCAGCUUAUCUUAAUACAUAUUUUUUAUUUUUGUUUCUAGAUUUUCGUAGGAUGAAUCCUUAGUUUUUCCUCUAGCUUCUGUGUAUACUUAAUCUUGUAGGACUUCAGUGGAACAGUUUCUAGGGAGGAAGUAUUUGAGAAACCUUGUUUGUGUCUAACAGCCUCUAGAUUUGUCUUCAUUAUUUGUUUAUUGAAUUUUAAAAAUUAUAGUUAUGUUCUAUAACAAUAGUUCAUAUGUCAUGGAAUGAAAUGGUUUGUAUGGGAAAAGGCAGCACAAUACUUGUUUGACUGCCAGGAUUAGCCCUAAUAUGCACAAGUACUUGAAUCAUUUUUUUUUCCCUAAAAUGUACUAGAAUAUUUAAAAAUCACUGGAAAAAACCCAACACAGUCAGGCUAUUAUGCAUCAAGUACUGAACUUCUCUCGAAAGAAACCAAUAAUUUCCCCCCCCCCUGCCUGGAAGGAUACAUUGAGUAAAGAAAUCAUGAGUUAAGAGUUAGCAAAUGUGCAUACUUAAGCAUUUAAAUUUUUUAUUGUUUUUUUUAGUGUUUAUGAUUAAAUCUUAUGCUGAGAAAAGAAAUAGUUAUUCUUUUUUUAAAAUAUGUUAAAUGAAUGGUACAGAUGAGUCUGGUACCAAACUUCAAAAUUAAGAAGCCUGUAUGGGUUAAUAGAGCUACUUAUAGCACUGGGGAUUGUAGAAUCUAUCCCCUAGGUAAAGCACCUGGUAAUAUAUGAAAAUAAGCCUGUUAUAACACUCCAAUGAAUGCUAUACACUUAUAAAAUAUUUUCUUUUGUAAUACAUCAUUCUGGUUUUCUUACAUUGAUGAUGGUGACGCUUGGCGAUAUUUAUUUAGGCUGUGGCAUUAUGUGUUUAUUUUCUUUAAAGAGAAUGUGUUACCAGAAUGUCUGACUAGCUCCUCCUUUUAUUUCAGUAAUGCCACAGUAUUAACUUGCUUCAUGAGUGAACUUUGUGCUUUGAAUGACAUGACAUGACAUGACAUAAAAUCUUUGUCUUGUCUUGAAAGCUCCUCUGCUGUGCAGUAGUCUAAUAGAAAUGAAACAUACAAAUAUUGACUAUCAUGUAAAAAUUAUAGUUUCUAUGAUAUUUUUUCAAACUUUUCUUGUUACAGAUAUAUAUAUAU